CACAGGCCCACUUACCGCCUAACAAUGAAUCUGGGGUAACUUUAAUUUAGCGCCGGAACCUGCGCCACCAAGAAUAUCAAGUCACCGACUCCAACUUCAAGUAGGUAGCAGGGACGGAAUAAAAUCCAAAGAUUGGUACUGACAACUAACAACAAGCUAUGAAAGAACCGAAAUUCUCAUAAUGAAUUCCUCGCCGUCGGCUACAGAGGGAUCUAGCACAUCGCCUGUGAUUAGAGAUGGUCAACGAGACAGAAGAUUUGGAAAGCAUGGGGCAAAGCGAGGGGUACGUUGCUACAGGUCCUGCGCAACAUGCUAGCUUAGGAACUAAUUCAUGUCGCAUCACAAUAGAAAUUACGGAACGGAACUUUUGUGUUACCUAGUACUGGGGAACGGGUUCGCAGACAAAUCACUCUACGAAGUCCAUCAGGCUUUGAUGGGCCGGCGCGACAAUACACAUACGACGAAGGGCUGGGUUUAGGCCUGAACUUGAGGAGAGAAGAUACAAACAUAUUCCAAAAGAGUUGGACCUAUUGUGCUGAAUCCUCGACAGAAUUUUCAAAAUGGAUACAAUCACCUGUUGGGAAGGGAAUAUUGAAAUGUUCGUUGGCAUACACACUUGGAAGUUUGGCGACUUUCUCACCAUACCUGGCGAAUUUCCUCGGACAUCAAGACGGAAAACAUAUGGUGGCUACAAUCACGGUCUAUUUCCAUCCUGCGAGAUCAUCGGGAUCUAUGAUUGAAGCGGCUAUACUGGGUAUCUCGGCAUUCCUAUACGCAGUCUUCAUAUCCGUAUCGAGUAUGGCGGUCUCAGUAUACUGCGAAACGCAAUUGGGCCUAAUUGAGCUUGGUUAUGCCCUCAUACUUAUAGUGUUUUGCGGAGGAGGCCUAGGAUUCAUCGGUUGGUUCAAGCAGGCCUACAAUGCUCCAUUGGUUAGUGUUGCUUGUAGUCUGGCAAGUUUGGCAAUCAUUACGGUUCUCACAAAGGAGAAUGCGGUGCAAGUAGGGGUUUUCUCGGACGAUAAAAUUGUUCAAGUGAUGAAAAUGGUUAUUAUGGGAAUGGUUUCGACGUCAAUUGUUAGUUUAUUAGUAAGUUAAUACCCACCCAUCAAACGUCUCAAAACCAAUUAUUAAUUCAUUCAAGGUAUGGCCGAUAUCCGCACGAACAGAGCUUCGGGAGAGCAUGAUUAAAACUACUGAUUCCUUUGGAGGUAUGCUUACUAUGAUUACUCGAGGAUUUCUGAGUGGUGCGGAAACUGAUUUGAGCUCAACUACCUUCGAACGGGCUCAGAAGCAAUAUAAAUCAGUAGCUACCCAGCUCACAAACAACUUAAAAGAGGCAAAGCUGGAACAUUAUGUUCUAGGCACAGAAAACCAAUAUGCAAUUGAGGCAAGGCUUGUUUGUUGCAUGCAUACACUUGCUCAAUCCAUUGGAGGUCUACGAAGUGCUGCUUUGACACAAUUUUCAUUGCUUCAAGAACCUCCAGUAAGUAGCGCAACACCCACAGGCUCACAUGGGUUCCCAUCUUCUCAAAUAUAUCCCAUUGGUCGACCUAUCAGUAGCAAAUCAGACCGAUUUGCAGUUCUUGGGGCUAUUGAGGAAGCACCAGAAGAAGGCAGUGAUCUUGACGCCGUUUCAGAAAGACCCAAGUUUCUUACUCGGCAAGGUACGGAGACCACAUUAUCUAGUAUCGCCAUGCCUACAGUUCGAACACCUUCGGAAAUUUUUGGAAGGUUUAUCCUUCAUCUUGGCCCGUCGAUGAAGUCGCUCGCAUAUACUCUGUCGCAGAUACUAGAAGAGCUACCAUUUGCCGAAGGUCCUGACUACCGCAUCACUAUAAAUGAACAUUUCAGAUCGAGUUUGACUGAAGCACUGUAUGAUACUUAGAUCUCUAUUUCGGUAUAGCCACUAACAGAUUCUUUGUAGGAAACUUUACAGCAACGCAAGAGCUCAAGCACUUCAAGAACUUUAUAAAUCAAAAGAGCUUGAUAAGACACGCCCGGAGAGCAUUGAAGCUGAUUUCGAAGAGGUGGCUGCAAGUUGCGGCCAUUUUAGUUUCAAUCUACAAGAUUUUGCAAGCGAAAUGCAGAACUAUUUGGCAAUUUUAGAAGAGUUGAAGGAAGAAGUGGAACGACCAAAGCAUCGUUCGUGGAGAUGGUUGAUGUUUUGGCGAAAGUCCAAGAGCCAAUCGAAAUCAGAUGCUAUCGACAAUGAAGAGCAGGAGCAACUUAUCGCGAGGGAUGCAGGGACUGAAUUGCCCAAAGAUAUUCCUGAUCCUUUAAGCACUAGACUUGGAUAUAGCAAGGUAGAAAUCGCCGCUAAGAUUAACCCAGGGACCAAAGGCGGUGUCAUACGACGAAAGGCAAUGCUUAUGGUUCGGUUCCUGGAUCGUGAUGAUAGUAAGUUUUGUCCCAAAAAUAAGUUUGCAAAUUCCUGCUUACCGAUUUCUAGUUCGAUUUGCUGUGAAGGUUGGCCUUGGAGCAGCUCUUUAUGCUCUUUUUGCUUUCAUUCCUGGAACAAGACCAACAUAUCAGCAUUACCGAGGAGAAUGGGGACUUUUGUCUUACAUGUUGGUGUGCAGCAUGACAAUCGGAGCAUCUAAUACGACCGGCUGGGCUCGUUUCAUUGGUACUUUUAUUGGCGCUGUAAUCGCAUGUGUUAUAUGGGUCAUUUGUGUCGGUAAUCCUUAUGCUCUAGCUUUUUGCGGAUGGGUAGUCAGUUUACCGUGUUUCUACAUCAUCAUUGCAAAAGGUAAUGGUCCGUUUGGUCGCUUUAUCAUGCUUACAUACAAUUUAUCUUGUUUAUACGCAUAUUCUUUAUCAGUCAAGGACUCCGAUCACGAUGACGAUGAAGGUGGUGUCAGGCCCAUCAUUACCGAGAUUGCCUUUCACAGAGUCGUUGCGGUUCUUGCAGGUUGUAUCUGGGGUUUGAUCAUCACAAGGGUGGUAUGGCCAAUUUCAGCAAGACAAAAGUUCAAAGAAGGACUAUCUCUUCUGUGGUUACGAAUGGGGCUCGUUUGGAAGAGAGAUCCUCUAUCGACGAUUGUAGAAGGCGAACCUCAAUAUUCGUAUAUGAAUUUGAGAGAAGAGUUCGAAUUCCAAAGAUACGUAUUUGUACUGGACAAACUUCGAAGCGCAGCCACAAGCGAAUUCGAGCUUCGAGGCCCAUUCCCAUCCGCCACUUAUGGGCGAAUAGUCGAGUCUACGACUAAAAUGCUCGAUGCAUUUCAUGCUAUGAAUGUAGUCAUCCAAAAGAAUGCCGAAGCUAGUGAAGGUGAAGCUUUAUUAUUGAAGUACACAGAAGAGGAGAGAGCACAACUUUGUGCAAGAAUUAGCCAUUUGUUCCAAGGUUUGUCGUUCAAUUUUCAUUAAUUACUUCACAGAACGCUAAUAGUAGAUAGUUAUGGCCUCCUCAAUGAAGCUCGAAUACCCUCUCCUGGCGGAUAAUCUUCCCAGCACGGCUAACGCUCGCGAUCGCCUUUUAGCAAAGAUCUUUCAAUUUAGAAGACAAAUGUCGAUUAGUAAUCGUCGCAGUAAUGAGGAUGAUGUACCCACACAGGACGAUGAUGAAGAAGAGUUGCCGGUAUCUAUUGGAUUGGGAUUGCAAGGGAAUGGACUGCAGGAGAGACUUGAUCAGGAAAUCACGGUGACAGAUUUAGAUUAUGAAAUCUUAUAUGCUUUCAUUUUGGUGACGAGACAAUUGGCGGAAGAAAUUGGAAGGGUCCAGAGAGAGGUAGAGUUGUUAUUUGGAGUGUUGGAUGAGGAGUUGUUGGAGUUGAGAUGAGGGAAGGGGAGGAGGAGAAAUGGUGGUGAAUGGAAUGAAGUGGGAUGUCUCGUGGCCAAAAAAAUCUAGUCAGAAGAUGGGAAAAGAAGAUAAGCUUCGACAAAAGAUGAGAAGAUGCGCAUUCAUUUGUGGGACACAGUCCAACAAAUGAGCUUUUGCGUUGCGCGGUGUUUUUCCAUCAGGUUUCUAGGUUUACCUCCUAGUAUCUAGUAAUAUUAGUUAGUCAGUCUAGCAUGGAGUUCGGCGAUGACUUUUUUAAGGUUCAAGAAAUUACAUUGGGGGGAAAGGAAAUGGGUGGGAUGGAAUGAAAUGUGAUAAAAAUAUUAAAGAAUGAAAUAUAAGAUUACAUAAUAAGAUUAC